AUGGCUUUGACUCAACGUGCACUGACCACGUGGGCUUCAAUGGUGAUGUUCUUGGUGCUGCUAACCAUACAGCUACAGACCAAACAAAAACAGAGUUGGUAUCUGAUAUUCAUGCCGAUUUGGUUGGACGAUGCGCUAACGGCACUGUUCAUAAUAUGCUCCUGCGUGCACAGCAAUUCGUGUCAGGCGAUGACCGAGAUGCCGGUGUUUUGCGGCAGUCGAAGGUGCAUAAUUUUUGUCAUUUGCCUGAUGAAGAUCAUCGCCCAACUCACGCUUUGCUAUAAGUUGGAAAAUCAAAACCCCCAGUUGCCAAUAUACUACGUGUUUAUGCCCAUCUGGACGCUCAUCGUUUACCUGAUAAUCAUUGUGAUACCGCCUCUCGUCAGACAUUACAAAGACUAA